GUAUGGCUAGGAUUCAUUGAAAGACUUUGAAGUGGACUUAUGCAAGACUCAAAAAUAGGGACAUGUUCAAGCAGACUCUUUCUUUGACGUACAGAGGCAAAGAUAACUUUACCAGUCUUGUUGGGUCGAUAGGGACAGUUUUUAUAAUGGUGAUAGUAGUGGUUUAUAGUAUUUUGCUGUUUAGAACAAUGUUCAAUAGAACAGAUGUAAGCUGGAAUCAUAACACAAUACGGAAUGACUAUGAUCUGAAUCAAGAAGGAUUGGUCUGGGGAGAAGAUGACCCUCAAUUCAAGAUAUUUUGGAGUGCUGAAUAUCCUAUAAGUUUAGAUAAUAGGAAGUCGGAGAGUAUUUCUAAUAGUACAUAUACUUACCUUAGCACAAAUAUAUCAAAUCCAGAUUCUAUUAUUGAAGCAGAUAUACCAUAUGAUGAUUGAGAUGGUUUCUUUCCAAUGUCUCUGGAUAACAUUGAAGGUGUUGGAUCAGUGGCUCACUGCCCAAAGUUUAAAGGAAAAUAAAUUAUUUGAGCCAACUAAUACACAUGGCGAUCGUUCUUCGAUUCUAAUGCAGUACCGACAAUGUAGAGACGAUAUAUGGAACAAUUACUGUGCUCCACAGCAAAUUAUCGAUUAUUUAUUAGAAUCUACUUAUAUACAAAUCUAUGUAAUGAAUCGAUAUGUUGACCUGAAUGAUAUAGAUAAUCCUAUCAAGGAUUAUUUAGAAGUGAUGCCUACACUUUAUUUUAAUUUGAACAAACAUGUUCAUGUAAAUAUGAAGCUAAGAAAACAUGAAGUUAUAUUAGAAGACACUCUGUUCACUCUUCCUUGGGGAGGUAACGAUCCUAUUCACUUUAACAGUAUUGAAGACUUUACUGUAGCAGAGCAAGAUUUUGUUGAUGAAACUCGAUGGAAUGGAUUUGUAACUAUAUAUAUCACUCAAGAUUCGCAAAUAGAUCAACACAGAAGGAAAGUGCUUAACUUUUUAGAAGUCACUGGCAUCAUUGGUGGUAUUUUCGAGAUUUUUGAAGUGGGCUUUGGAAUUAUUAUCGGAUUGUACUCCUCAUACAUCUUUAAGAGAGAUUUAAUGAAUGAUAUCGAGAAAUAUGAAGAAAAGUUCCAGAAAAUGGAGAAAUCUAUUAGCAAAUUGGAAGAAAAUAUCCAAAGAAAUAAUCAACCUCCCUCUUCAUUUCAAGAAAAUAAUUUACCUCAACAAGAAGAAGAUCUUAAAGAAGAAUCAAAGAAUGAGAGGGAGGAAUCAAAAAUUUUUGAAGAAAAUUUUUUAUUAAAUAAACCACAAAUUGACAUUCAGCACAACAAUAUGGAGUAUGAUCUCCAAAAGCUGGAGUCACAAAGAAUUCCUAUUAAAAAACUUUCGAAGCUAGCCAAGAAAAUUAAGGAAGAAGUGGAGGAGAACAACAAAUAAUAUUAAAAAAUUUAUUUGGAAGAAAGAUGAACCAAUUAAUAAUUUGGAUCAAUUUAACACGUCGUUGGAUUGACUCAAUAUUAUUUAUAUGAUAAAGAAGCUAAGACGACAAACGAUGUAUUUAUUACAAAAAGAUCCAGAUUACUCUAAACAUUUCGCUGAGGAUUCAGACUUGGAUAUAGAUUUCACCUCAAUUUACUGAGCUCAUCAAGACGACAAAAUCCACCCUCAGCACAUAGAGCUUACCGAACAGCCGCACCCAUUUGGCUUCCCCUAUAUCCCACCAAUAAUCUCCCUCAACUCCCAACCCCCUGCCCGCAUGAGGCCCUACAUCUCCAACCCACCACACCCUCCCUAAUAGUACACUUUACCAAAUUUCAACACCAC